GAAAUCUUGAUUCGUUAAAGUGUUUUCAUGAAGCUUGUAAUGAAAUAAAAAAAAAAUUAGUAGUGGUUAUAUAUUGUGAAGAUAAAAAAAUAAACUUCAGAUCAGAAAGCAGAAUUUGUGAUAAAAUCUAAAUGACCUAAAUAGAAAAUAAACGAGGAGAUAAUGGAUAAUAAACUAAACGCAGAAUUAUUAGAGCAAUCAUUCGGAUUUCAUGGACUGCCAUUAAUUAAGACAUGGAAUGAAGAAAAUGGAUCAAACAGUUUAGAAAAUUUGGGAAUGCAUGCAAACAAUAUUGAUACAAGCGUUUAUCAAAGUCGAUUAAAAAUCUUAAACUUCACCGAUCGAACGAAACGUCUUCGAUUGCAUCGUUUUAUUUGCAGCAAAUCUCAACAAUUAUUUAAGCAUUUUAGGGAAAGUCCAAGUGAUCGAAGAAUAAAGAAAAUUGUAGCAUCAGGAAAUGAUGAAAUACCUCCAUUUGAGUUUUUUGCAACUGUUGAGAAAGAGGAGAGAAUCAAAAGAUUUUUUUCGGCAAUCAAGGCUGGCGAUAUCGCAUAUUGCUCAGUAAAGCAAGUAACAAAAUUCGGAUUAAUUGUGAAGGUUUUAUGCACAACGGGGUUUGUGUCGCGACUUCUAAUGGAUCUUGAUAUUAAAGGAAUCAUCGCUCCACAAAAUCUUAUUUCAGCAGUUGACUCGAAGAAUGUGAAAAGACAAUUUGUUCCAAAUGAUCUAGUAUGUUGUGAAGUUGUUGACAUAUUGGAGAACGCGCAAUUAAAUCUUAGUAUGCUUGGCAUAAAUGAACGUUACGAUAAUGGACCAUCACUUGGAUUAAUUUCCUCACAUCAACUUCCAACAUUCUAUAAGAUUGCAGUUGAUCAUCGAAAUCAAAGCAAGAGUGUCAACGAAAUCCUUAAGGAAACCAAAUCAAUUAAUAAUCCAGCGAUUGUUGAGAAUUUAUAUAUUGAAAGUGGAUUAUUUCCGCAACAACAUUACUCACUAAUGUCUUCGAAAAAGAAGUUUACACAAGAUGAAUACGCCAAAGACUUGCGGCAACUACAAGCAAGCAAAUUAGCUUUUAGAUCUGUCGCUGAAGGGAUUGAGCAUUUCAAGGAGGGACGUCACACUGAAGCUUUUCAGUGUCUCAACAAAGCACUUUCAAUUGACCCUCGUAACGUUGAAGGACUUGUAGCCCGUGGAGCAUUAUAUGCAAAUAGCGGAUCAUUUACUAAAGCUAUUGUUGAUUUUGAAGCUGCAUUGAAAUUGAAUGGAAAUCAUGCAAAUGCUAAAAAGUAUUUGGGAGAAACCUUACUUGCUCUUGGACGAAAUUUUGAGGAGGCGAAUAAAUUUGAAGAAGCAAGAAAAGCUUACAUUGAUUGUCUCAAAAUAAAUCCAAAUCAUCAGGAAGCUCAUUCUUCAUUAGAAUAUCUCAAAACGAAGUUAAGUGCGAAGAAAAUUGUUGAGCCAGCUGAAUUGGAACUUCCUCCACUUAACAUUGGAUCGAUUCCAUUGUUAAAUGAUCCAUCAAAAGGUUCAAAAGAAUUUUUAGAUACAUCAAAACUAAAGGAUGGAAAUAGAAAGAAAUCGAAGAAAGAUAAAAAGCGAAAAGGGAAGAAGAGACACAACAGCUCAUCAAGCGAAUCAACUAGCUCAUCAGAUAGUAGCGAAUCAUCUUCUGAAUCGUCUGAUAAUUCAUCUUCAUCAACUGAUGAUCAUGAAAUGAAAGUAAGAAAGUUUUUGGAGAUGGGUCGCGACGAAGAUGAUUAUGAAGAUAAAGUACGUCAAUUAAUGGCAGAAACCUCAAAGUAUCAAAAAAGCAAACAGGCAGAAGAAGCCAAAAGUGCAAGGAAAAAGAAAAAAUCUGAAAAAAAGCAAAAAGCAAAAAAGAAGAAGAAAAAAGAGGAUAAAAAGAAGUCGAAAGGAAAUGAGAUUGAAAAUCUCCGUGAAGCUUUGAAAAUGUUCGAGAAUCUUCCAGAAUUCUCAAAAUUUCAGAAAAUUUAUAAUGACAAAAUAAAAGAAGAAGAAAUGAAAUUAAAACGUGCAGAAAAUGAUGAAGGUGCGCCUGAAAAAUGGAAGAUGAAAUUUGCCAAAGACGAACGACAAACAGAUAACAGACAGAAAACAACGACAAAGCAACAAUUUGAUUUUAAUUAUGAUUCAGAUGAGGAAGAUCAAUUGAAAAAUUUUCAAACACAACAAACAGGAAAUUAUUUAACUGCAAGUACAAGUGGAGCAAUUAUUGACAAACAGAAGAAGCAAGAAGUUCCACCAACAAAAGCUAAAAUUGAAAUUUUAACUCCUGCACAAGUUCCAAUUAUACCGAAAGGUCCGGUAGUUUUAGAUAAGUUCGGUAAUUUUAGAUUGGCCGAUCCUGUUCAAGUUGCACCCCCAAAAACCACUUUAGAACCAACAAGUUCUACGAGACGUUCUCAAAGUCGAACAAACUCAAGAUCACCAAGACGUCGACGUAGAUCAGGAAGUUAUCGUCGAAGAUAUUCACGUUCUGAUUCGAGAUCAUAUUCACGCAGUCGAUCCAGAUCACGUGAUAGAAAAUUCAGAGGACGUGGAGGAAAUCAUCAAAGAUCACGCUACAGCCCACCGAUGAGAUCACGAGGUCGUCGUAUGAAUAACUUUAGAGAUACAAGAGAUUGGUCCCGUGGCGGUCGUAUGGAAAGAUUCAAUCGAGAUCGUCCAAUGGGACGUGGCGGUGGAAGAUUUGGAGGGAGAUUCCAAAGAAGCUUCUCACGUAGUCCCGAACGUUCCCCAAAAAGACAAUCGUCAAUGGAAAACCGUCGUGAUGAUGAUAGACGAAAGGAAAGAGAAGAUCGUUGGGCUGAAGAUAGUGUUGGAAGACCAGAUUUAAAUGACAUGGAAGAAAUGUUAAAGAAAGCAAGAAAGGAUAAAAUGGAUGAUAUGAUGGAAAGAAAUAAGGACAUUGUUAAGAAACCUGGAUGGGAUUAAGUUUUGCUAGAGAAUGUCAGAUUUUUUUGUGUAAAAUUGUGUACGACUUAAAACUGUGAGACACAAUUUCUUUAGAACUAAGUCGUCUUGGAAUUCAAUUAAGAAUUCACAGAAAAUAAAUCAUAAUGAUUAGUUAUAGUACACUAAUAAAAAUUAAAAAACUGAAGAAAACAUUAAUAAUCACAAAUUUAAAAUACUUAAAGAGGGCGCU